UGUCAUUCACUUUACUUCAUUAAUUCUAAAGUCCAAUUUGUGAGUCUGACAAUAUCAAUGUGCAGACAGUAUUUAGUUUUCUUGUUUGUCUAUGGUAGCAGACAUAAUCAGAAACAAUGCCCUGUAUUUCAAUAAGUUCAUUUGUCUGCAUUUGAAUAAGUUUGAAACAGGAAGGCCAUGCUUUCUCUCUAAAGUGCUUUAUAACAUGUGGAAGUGGUUACCCCUUACAUAAGAUAGCAUAUCGGUAUCUAUCUUUAAGCAUGGGUACUCCCUAAGUAUUUCUUUAUCUUAUUUGUGAGGUGGAUGUAUUCAGAACCCGUUAUUAGUCGAAGAAAAUACUCUUUGUCCAUCAAUUUACUCAUGCAUUUAGUUGCUAAAAAUAAUUACCAGGCUUCUACCAUACGCCUGAAGCUUUUGUAGACAUGGCUGAUACAGAGGUGAGCAACACCUCCACCAUUUCUGGUGAGAGUUAAGCACCCAUCUAAGAAGUUUUCUUUAAUGUGUGCAAAAAAAGUGUAACUCCCAUUCCCCUUGCAACCCCGCCGCGAUACUACAGCUCCACCCUGGAGUAGAGAUGGAGACCAAACACUUGGAGAUCUAAAUCAAGUGUCCCCAGGAGCCCAGUGGAGCGACGAAGCGGAGCAGAAAGCCCGGACUGUGAGCGCGGCAGGACCACGGAGAGCGCCGCCGCCGCCAAGGACUGGGCGGGGCCCGGGGCUCGGGUUCCCGGGGCAAUGCUCGUCUCCGCCAGCAACCCCCAGGGGGCGCUCGCGCGGAGGUUUCCGAACUAGUCUCUUGCCGGGUUGCUGGGUGCAUGGGUUUCGUCAGAAGGUGGAAAUCUCUGUGAGAAGCUGCCGUCUCCCCGCCACCCGCUCAUCCCCUUCUCUUCCUGCCGUCCUCCUUCCCUCCCUCGCUCCUCUCCACCCCUCCCUCUUUCCUCAGUACCCUCCUCUUUACUCUCUGAGUUAACUCAGAGCCGACCUGCCGUCUCCAGCGUUUUCACCCUCUUCCCCCACCGCCAUCACCGAGAAUGGAGUCAGGGUUUCCGGAGAGACCAAACUCUGCCCUCAGCACCUUUCCCAGCCGCUGUUGCUAAACUGGCCUCGGAGGACGCGAGGGGAAGGAGGUGCGACGCCCCUCACACCACCACGUAACUACAGCACAGCCGCCCCCACUCCAAAGCCGGAUUUUGCGUCCUGGGGGCGGGACAGACCUCGUCCCGGGCUGAAUUCUCUCUGCACUCCUCCAGGUUGGCACACCCAGAAUGAAGAAGAUGAGCAACAUUUAUGAGUCGGCUGCCAACACACUGGGAAUCUUUAACAGCCCCUGCCUGACCAAAGUUGAACUGCGUGUGGCGUGCAAAGGCAUUUCUGACAGAGAUGCCCUUUCCAAACCAGACCCCUGUGUCAUCCUCAAGAUGCAGUCUCAUGGGCAGUGGUUUGAGGUUGACAGGACUGAGGUGAUUCGCACCUGCAUAAACCCAGUGUACUCAAAACUGUUUACUGUGGACUUUUACUUUGAGGAGGUUCAGCGCCUGCGGUUUGAAGUCCAUGACAUCAGCAGCAACCACAAUGGGCUGAAGGAGGCCGACUUUCUUGGUGGCAUGGAGUGCACACUUGGCCAGAUUGUUUCCCAGAGAAAGCUGUCCAAAUCUUUGCUGAAGCAUGGGAACACAGCAGGAAAAUCCUCCAUCACGGUGAUUGCUGAAGAAUUAUCUGGCAAUGACGACUACGUUGAGCUUGCAUUCAAUGCACGAAAAUUGGAUGACAAGGAUUUCUUCAGCAAAUCUGACCCAUUUCUGGAAAUUUUUCGUAUGAAUGAUGAUGCAACUCAGCAGCUGGUGCACCGAACUGAGGUUGUGAUGAAUAACUUAAGCCCAGCCUGGAAAUCAUUCAAAGUAUCCGUAAAUUCUCUAUGCAGCGGAGAUCCAGACCGCCGGCUGAAGUGCAUAGUAUGGGACUGGGACUCCAAUGGCAAGCAUGACUUCAUUGGAGAAUUCACCUCGACGUUCAAGGAGAUGAGAGGAGCAAUGGAAGGGAAACAGGUGCAGUGGGAGUGCAUCAAUCCCAAGUAUAAAGCCAAGAAGAAGAAUUACAAGAACUCAGGCACGGUGAUUCUGAAUCUGUGCAAGAUCCACAAGAUGCACUCUUUCUUGGACUACAUCAUGGGUGGCUGCCAAAUCCAGUUUACAGUAGCUAUAGAUUUCACUGCCUCAAAUGGGGACCCCAGGAACAGCUGUUCCUUGCAUUACAUCCACCCUUACCAACCCAAUGAGUAUCUGAAAGCCUUGGUAGCUGUGGGGGAGAUUUGCCAAGACUAUGACAGUGACAAAAUGUUCCCUGCCUUUGGGUUUGGUGCCAGGAUACCUCCAGAGUACACAGUCUCUCAUGACUUUGCAAUCAACUUUAAUGAAGACAACCCAGAAUGUGCAGGAAUUCAAGGAGUUGUGGAAGCCUAUCAGAGCUGUCUUCCUAAGCUCCAACUCUACGGUCCCACCAACAUAGCCCCCAUUAUCCAGAAGGUUGCCAAGUCAGCGUCAGAGGAAACUAACACCAAGGAGGCAUCGCAAUACUUCAUCCUGCUGAUCCUGACAGACGGCGUCAUCACAGACAUGGCCGAUACCCGUGAGGCCAUUGUCCACGCCUCCCACCUCCCCAUGUCAGUCAUAAUCGUGGGAGUCGGAAACGCUGACUUCAGUGACAUGCAGAUGCUGGAUGGCGAUGAUGGGAUUCUGAGGUCACCCAAGGGAGAACCUGUUCUUCGAGACAUCGUCCAGUUCGUGCCCUUCAGGAACUUCAAACACGCAUCUCCAGCUGCCCUGGCAAAGAGUGUGUUGGCUGAAGUCCCAAACCAAGUUGUGGACUAUUACAAUGGCAAAGGAAUUAAACCAAAAUGUUCAUCAGAAAUGUAUGAUUCUUCCAGAACACUAGCACCAUGAACUCCCACACAGUUUUACAGAGUUCUGAAAUACUACUCCUGCUAAUAUUUCAUAUUUAAUACUUCUACUCCUAUACUUUAAAAAGAAAACAACACAUACACAUUUAAAAAUAGCACGUUUUGGUGAUUUUUAACUAUCUGACAUUUUUUUUGCAUGUGUAGCCCUGAGGCCUGGAUCUGUUAAACCCUUGUAUUGUUAACUUUUUACAAAGAAAUACAGAUAAUAAUAACUUACUAUUUACAGCAUGUCGCCUUGAAAUAUAAUGGUAUCUGUAUCCAUUUUUUAUACAUGUUUGUUGAAAUUUUGCUAAAUUUCUUAUCUUUACACUCUAAAGCAUUUUGAAACCUUUAUUGAAUGUUGAUAGCCAAAAUAUACUUGGUUUUAUCUGCUAUAGGAUGAGAGACUUUUUAAAAUGGCAGAUGCAUGGACUGUAUUUUGCAUGUUUAAAAUAAAAAAAGAAAAACCCACACUUUUUGCAGUUGUUAUCUCUAAUUCCUCCCUACUGAGAAUGGUCUCUCUACUAACGAAGAGGUUUAUCCACCUCUUCUUUUUUGAGGUGGGUCUUUUUGAGGUAGGUCUGAAUCAUCUGGCCCAGCACCUCUCACACUUUACUGUGCACACAAAUAACCUGACAGUCUUUUUAAAAUUCAGAUUGUGAUACAGUAAGUCUCUGUGGGGCCCAAGAUUUUGCAUCUUUAACAAAGUCCCAGGUGAUGCUAACGCAGUCCCUGGACUACAUCAAGAGGAGUGAGGUUCUAGACUUUAGGGUGUCAUGAUGGAGACUAUCAAGAACAGGGCAGCUUCUAGUCUGCUUGAGAACGGCACCUCUUCCUGACAGUAGCAUAAAAGUCCUGCCUGUCUCAGAGGUGAGUAGAAAGUAAUAAGACUGACUCCAGAAGCUGCACACCUCAAAUCAGUCUCGCUGCUUUAUACUCACACCACUUCCUUAGGCAAGACUAGAAAGUGCUCUUCCUGGCCAGUCCCUGCCCUCUUAAAAGUGGCAUCACACACCACUGCAUGGAUGGUGUCAAUCCCUAGAAGUGACCUCAGAGUCUUCACUGGAACCACAACCAUAGAAACUUACCCAUGGCAAAUGGCCAUGCAGUACAGCUCCCGAUAUCUGGUCCACUAAGUUCACCUUUGAGCUUAGUGUGGAAACUUCUUUCUCCUUUCUAUCACUUCUGAGAGCAAACUCCAUAAGCAGAAAUCCCUGGAAUUAUUGGAUGGAGGUGUUUUGUUUCAAUAUAAGCUGGCCAGUCUGGAACCAAAAGAAUGAAUGUUUAACUUGUAUGAUCUUCUUGCAGAGAAACAGACAAGUGUUUUUGCAAGCAUAAAAGGCAAAAAGUGGAGUGUAUUUUUGGUCAGAGAGAUGGAUAAGUAAAUCACAAGGCAAAAUUUGUUGUUUGUUUGAAGGGGGGGAGCAGUAUUAACAAGCAAAUAAAAUGCCUUGUAUGAUUUCCAUAGUUGCAAUUGUAGAUCCUAAUCUUGCAAAUACAUGUUAACCAAAAGCACAACAUUUUGGGAAUGAUGGUAUAAUUGUAUAACUGAAACAAAUCAUAAAUAUUUAAACGAUAUUGUUUUAUUAAUAAAUUGAGUACUUACAGAA